AUGAACUCAGAAACCAUCGAGACCAUUCGGGCGGUCAUCCCCUUACUCCCUCUCAUCCUCCGUCACUCUCUCCUCCACAUCCUGCGCAUCUCAGAUACGGCCAAGUAUCUCGACCUUCAUAGCUCCCUCGUGGUCGCCUGCCUCCGCGAGCUGCUCGUCCCCCCAAACCCCCACAGCAUCUCUUCCACGCAGAAGCUCACUCUUCGAGACCCCGGAAUAAGGGGCCACAUAUGGGUCAGCAAGUAUGCCAGCCCAAGGCCACCAGAGACUUCCAUCCGCGACACCCUCAUCAGCGCCCUCGAGCGCCUCGCGGGAACCACCACAUGCCGGGUCCCGGUGCCCGACCUGGUCGACGUCGAGGCCGAGUGGACCGGCCACCGGGGCGGUGUGGCCCGCGGCGCUCCGCUGCCUGACGUGUCGGAGCGGGAGCGGUACCACGGCAUGAUGCGCGAGUGCCGCCGUCCGACGACGGUCCUGUACUUGCACGGCGGCGCCUACUACCUCUGCGACCCCUCGACGCACCGCCCCACGACCAAGAAGCUGGCCGAGCUGACGGGUGGUCGGUGCUACUCGGUGCGCUAUCGCCUCGCACCGCAGCAUCCAUUCCCUGCUGCGUUGCUUGAUGCGUUGGUGUCUUAUUUCACGCUGCUGUACCCUCCUCCGGAUGCGUACCACGACCCUGUGCAGCCGGAGCACAUUGUGAUUGCCGGUGAUAGUGCUGGCGGCAAUCUUGCGCUCUCGCUGCUCCAACUUAUUCUUGAGCUUCGUCAGCAAGACUCUCGGAUUCUAUGGCACGGCGAGCUGCGUGAGGUCCCCAUGCCAGCUGGCAUUGCAGUGAACUCUCCCUGGGUAGACGUCACACAGAGCUCGCCGACAUGGGAGAUGGCCACGCCGACGCCGUACGACUACCUCCCCAAGCCCGAGACUAUGGACAAACUAGACAUUCCGCCAUGCGAUGCCUGGCCCUCAAAUCCUCCUCGGCGCAACAUGUACGUCGCCGAUGACCUAGCAGCUCACCCACUAGCAUCACUCGUUAUGGCUCGCAGCUGGAAGGGCGCGCCGCCCGUCUAUAUCUGCACAGGAUGGGAGAUCCUCGCCUACGAAGACAAGUACCUCGCGCGCAAGCUCGAGGCUGAUGGCGUGCGGGUCGUGUUUGAGGAGUACGAGGCCAUGCCGCACUGCUUCGCGCUGCUGCUGCGCGACGUACCCGCCACGCGCCGGUGCUACGACGGCUGGGCGGCUUUCAUCCGCGCCGCUGUAGAAGACCCCGCGGCGAUCGAGACCAGAGCUAUGACAGUCAAGGCGAGAACUCUGGAGGAGGUUCCAUUGCGGUUUGAAGAGCUCAGCGAUGUGUCAGAGAAAGAGAUACAAGAGAGGGUGCUGCAAAAGGCAGGGUUAGAGGAGAGGUUGCUAGAGGCGCCAAUUGCGAAGUUAUAG